CACCCCAAAGGAGCGUACCGAUGUUAGAUCAUGAAGCAAAGCAGCUACAUUAGUUUUGGGCAACUGAUCUGUACACGCGUUAUUUCAUUUUUGCUUUUGAUUUCGUAAUUACACGUUAACCUCAGGGCAGACCCCAAAAUGGGAUAUCUCACUUCCGAUUUCCUGAGUUUGAUACCAGGCCAUGUUUCAGCACAAAAUGAAGAUAUUUUCAACAUGUUUGAAAAUUUAUCUUAUCCCAUGCUAAAAUACUCCAAAAUCAUGCCAUAUCCAACAGCACAAAAUACCCAGGAGUUUUAGCAAUCAAGUCAAAAAAUAUAAUAAAUGCGGGAACGUCUCAUUUCUACGGUGUAGGGAAGGGAGGGGCUCGCUUUGCUUCAGCUUUAGCUUCCUAGUUUCUAGCUUCCUCAUCGUUCGAUGAGCUUGGCUUGGCUACUAAGCUACUGGGACUACUCAUCAUUGUUUAUGUGGAAAGUUGCCCAUAAAGUGGCUUCGUAUAUUCAGGCAAUAUGUGAUCGGUAAUGUCGCACCGUUUCUGCUACUCAGUUCGGUUUAUAGAAGAAAGUUCUGCAAACAGAGAUGACCACCGCUAUGAAAGUUCGUAAAGUACUGAUUCCCGCGACAGAGCAAAUUGAUUCUCACACGGUGUACUACAUUGAAGUUUACAUAAGGGAAUAUUCUUGGAUUGUGACAAGAAGGUAUAGAGAGUUUUAUGGGCUGCAUGAGAAGCUUGUAAAAAAUCAUGGAGUGGAUCGCUCUCUAAUACCUCCAAAGAAAUACUUUGGAUUUCUUCAGCCUGAGUAUGUGGAAAAGAGACGUCAAGCUCUGGAGGCAUACUUUGAAAUACUGCUGUCAACGUUUGCUGAGAACCUGCCGAAGGAAGUUUUGGAGUUUCUCGAGACUGACAAAUUUGAUGUUUGUGGAGUAACUCAUUCAUUGGCAAAAGAAUUGUUCACAACAGGUGAUGAAAUUCUGAUCAAAGAACAGCAGUUCACCAUGACUCCUCUCCAGUUGCAUUGUGUCACAAGCAGGCUUGGCAUGGCUGCACCCACAUGUGAUUCCCAUGUUCCACACGGAGAGAUAGGUAAUCUCUAUGACUUCUUAUAUCAACUGAAACACUUGAAGAUUUCUGGCAGUAAGAAGCUGGUAGAACUUAGUGACAACAUAACACUGAAAUGUAACCUCGCCAUUUUCAAGGCCUUGACAACACUUGAGAUUGACAGCUGUGAUGUGGAGCCAUUUGAAGGAAUAGGUUAUGUUCAGGGUCAUGUUGAGAAACUUACUGUUCACCAUUCUGUCCAUUUACUGAAGGACAUGCUGGUCGAUGAUGAGAUUUGGGAGCAAGGAGUUUUGGAGAGUGUUGAAGCCGAUGGUUCAGCAUCACUCAGUCCAGCAUUGGACUUCCGAACUUGGACAGCUUUGAUUGAGGCAGAUUUUAGCAGGAAUGACCUGCCCUAUAUUGAUGAAUCAGUGGCUUUGAUGCCAAAUGUCACUCAUUUGAAUCUCAGCCACAACUUGAUAGAUACUGUUGAACAUCUUCAGGGUUUGUCGAAUCUGGUAGAGCUGGAUUUGUCUCACAAUAAAAUAGCAAGUCUUGGAAACAACUUGAACACAAGACUUGGCAACAUCAAGAAAAUAAACCUGGCUGGAAAUGAACUAGAAAGUGUGGAAGGACUUGACAAGAUGUACUCGCUAGCGGAUCUUAACCUCAGUGAGAAUAACUUCACAGAUGUAGGCUCAGUGCUGAUGUUAGGAGAAUUACCAUGCCUGGAAAUUAUCGACUUAAGAGAAAAUGCCAUGACAAAAGAACCCAUGUACCGCAUUAGAGUCUUUACAGCAUUUGAUGACCGGGCAGAACAAGUGCAACUUGAUGGCCAAUGCCCAUCAAGCAGAGAGAUAAACAGAAUUCGUGAACUACUCCAGGAGGAACUGAAUUUUGAGAUCAUUAAUCAUCCAACUCCACCACAGUAUCCAAUGUCGAAAAAAGGCCACAAGAAGGCCAAAAGCAUUGAUAGGGUAAUAGCUCUGGAUUCUGCCUCGGAUAUUCAGCCAAGUUCGUCCUUAACAGGUAGAGUGAACGUUUAGUUUGAAUUAUGGUUGUUGGGAGAUAGACUUUGUGGGUGUUGUGAGCGGCAGAGAAAAUAACAGUCACAACCAGCGUAUUGCCGACGGCAUACACUUGCCAUACAUUUGCCACACAUUUGACAUACAUUUGACAUACAUUUGACAUACA